GAAGCUAUUCUUUAAACAGCCAGCUGUCACCGUCAAGAGUCAUUAUCAAAUCUCACUUGAAACACGCAGGAUUUUCACUCGAUUUUCAGCUGUAGUGUGGACAGACCACCCCCGGACCCGGGCCGCCCCUUUCACAUUCAGAACGCGUUCAGCGCGCGCCCCGUUCGCCCGCGCCUCGCCGCUACCAUGGUAUAGAUUUUUUUUUCAAGCAAAACAAUUGUGGCUCGUUGAAAAUGUCGAAGAACAAUAUAAUUCUGAUCGUGUUCUUAGCAAUCUCACUUGUUGUGGUAUCCUCCCUACCGAGCCCGACGACGGCGGACGAGGAUGAGGAUGAGGAUGACCCGACACCUACCCAGGGCCGCGCCGACGCCGACGAUGACGGUCGUGUGUACAAGAACCCCAGGAACUCUCCGUCGGUCGACUGCCCCAGGGAUGAAGUCCAGGCUACUAUGCUGGGUCAGAAAUGCCUGCGAAAGUGUUCCUCGGACGAGGACUGCAAAAGUAAAAAGAAGAAAUGCCUGUGCGAUGCGGCUUGUGGCAUGUCGUGCAUCAAACCAGAUCGAGAAUGUCCCGACUUGGAACAGCCAGAAGUCGGUCAUGUGACGAUAGACGGAAAGUUAUUCGGCGGAAAGGCGACGUACUCGUGUCCACAUGGGUACCACGUGGUGGGACUGCAGAGUCGGAGUUGCCAAGCAGAUGGCAAAUGGGCGGGCCAAGCGCCAGCGUGCAAGGAGAACAUCUACUGCCUGCAGCCGCCAACGAUCGAGCACGCCCGCCAUUCCGCAUUACCCGAACAGGCCACCUUCGAUCUGGACGCCACGGUCCAAUACAUCUGUCACACGGGUUACGUUACAAAUGGUUUCCCGAGGGCGAAGUGCCUCGCCAUAGACGGUCAGGCCUCGUGGUAUGGUCCAGACAUUAGUUGUGAGCCUCGUUCCUGUGGCGAGCCAGGCGAUGUACCCCACGGGUGGGUAACAGCCGACUGUCACACGUUCGGCUGCCGAGCCGUGGUGCAGUGUGGGCAAGGGUUCGAACUGGUCGGCAAGGCGGAGAGAUACUGCCAAGCAGACGGAGUAUGGGCUCCUAAGGAGCUCCCAACUUGUGUCCUGGUGACGCAGGUGCAGUGCCCGCCUCCUGAAGCUCCCAGGCAUGGAAAGGCUGUGUACACAUCGUGUGCAUACAACUCAGUGGUGUCAUAUGAAUGCAAAUAUGGAUACCGGCUUGUUGGUGACGCUACGAGGCGUUGUGGGGCAGAUAAAAAGUGGUCCGGGACACAGCCAGUGUGUAAAGAAAUAAACUGCGGUCAUCCAGGACAACUGUGGAAUGGUUGGCUGGAGAACAUAUCUUCAGGGACUGGUCUGGGCGCGUCCAUAAUCUUUAGAUGUCAAGACGGUAUGAAGAUGGAAGGGAACGGUUCUGCCAUAUGCCAAAGCGAUGGCACAUGGAGCCAUCCUUUGCCUAUGUGUUUAGCUCCAUGCGUGGUUCCUCACGUGUCUCAAGGUCGAGUGGUGCUGGUGGAAAAUAAAACUGGGGAGAAUGAUACUCAGGAGAGCAACACUCAGAUCGUUGGCAGCAGUUCUAUGGUGCAACAUGGUGAGAUAAUCCUCGUAGACUGCGAGAAAAACUAUGAGUUCCCUUCAAACAACGCAGCAGUCACGUGCAACAAUGGAACCUGGACUCAGAUACCAAGAUGUCAACCGGCAAGAUGCAAAAAAAUGCCAAAGUAUCCGCGCAACGGGAUGGUUAUAGCACCUAAGACGGAGCACGGAAUGAAGGCGAGGUUCCGUUGCAAAGAUGGAUACGAACUGAAAGGGAACCCUAUUGUGGUGUGCUCCUUUGGCAACUGGAGUGGAGAGGCACCCAAAUGCGAAGAAGUUUUCUGUCCAUUUCCUGGUUACAUUGAAAAUGGGAAAGUAUUGCUUGUUGGUAACAUGGGACUGUAUGAUUAUCGGCCUUACGUUAAAAAGGUAGUAAACAACAAGCAAAUAAUGUAUGAGUGUGAGAAAGGGUAUGUAUUGUCCGAGGGACCUCCCGGAGCCACUUGCGUCGGAGGACAUUGGAGUCCAAGAGAAUUGCCGAAAUGCACACUGUAUCAGCAUCCACGUAUAAGGUGGAGUCGCAGACGACGGUCAGUCACAGAGCCAGAAAUACGUCACCGCCGAGAUGUUUAUCUACGCCAAUAUUACAACAAUAUACGGAGACAAACAGACCCAACACAGCAGUACGUGGAUCAACUUUAUAACAAAUAUAAUCACAAUAAUCAAAAACAAACAUUAAGGCAUGCAAACUUUAAGCUUAUGAAGAAAUUGGAUACGGACUUUGAAGAGGACAUGGUUCCUGGUAGUGAUAUUGAGAGUUCUGAUGAGGAAAACUUUCCUACGGCUGUGUAUACCGUUUAUAAUGUACAUGGAGAACCCAUUGGUCAUAGGUUAUACUCUUACCAACCAGUAUAUGAACCAGAGGAGGAUGAUUUAGUCGUACGCGAAGAUGCUUCGGAGUAUGAAAAUUCUGAAGAAUUGAAUGACCUGUCUCAUGUUACUGUAUUAAAAGGAGGACUAUUUCCCGAUCAUGAUUCGGAAAAUAAUGGAAACGCACGGAACAUAGACAGAUUAAAACAUCAAUAUUUUGAAAGAUAUGUUGAUAAACGUAGAAAAAGAUUUUUAACUCCAAAAACUAUUGAUGAUAGUAAAAAGGAGUUGAAUGAGGAUUUACAAACAGAAAAUUCUGUUGAAGUUACAACUAGUACAGUAGAAACUACAACGAAAUCAAGAAAGCGACGUGGAAUUAACGCUGAAGAGAAUUAUAGAGAAAUAGUAAAUGUUAUUUCUACAAUGAAAAGUUUAGAGUCAAUUAAUGAUAUCAAUGGUGAUUUUUUAAAAGUAAUACCUUUAGAAACUCAAUCGCAUAAUGAUACCAUGAAAGUGUAUGGCGAAGAAAUGGCUGUAAUUCCAUUACAAUAUAAUAACACGAAUUCUACUGAAGUAGAUAAUAUACUUGAUAAACGGGAAAAGAGGACAAGUAGAAAAACAGACAGACUGAAUCAAACUACUGCGACUAUACCAAAAACAGGACGAGAAGGUAAAGGCGGCAGACGUAACCUUCAAGCUGAAAGUAACAGUGAAGAAAAUCAAAGCACAGAAAUAAAAGAAAUUGUAGAAGGAAUGAAUAAAAUGGACGGCAACCAAACAGAGAAAGGGAAGAAGGGUCGACCGAAGAGCCCUUGUGAACCAAUAGAGAGUGAGCCUUAUGUAAAUAUUGAGAUAGUGAAAUAUGGGAGAGAACCUAAUAAUACUUUUAGUUCUGGUACAAUAGUUCGAGUUGCCUGCGGUAAAGGCUAUGGACUGAAUUUAGAGAAUAACGCUACAGCGAAAUGUGUGCGAGGCAGGUGGAAGCCAGAGAAACCAAAAUGUGAAAUACUGCCCUGCCACGUACCGUCUACCGAGUAUGGCAUCUACACGAUGCCCAUAGAGGUCGGCCCGAUGACCGCCAGUCAAGUCCUGGGCUCAGGGAUAGGUAAUGGAGAGGAAAGAGAAUUGAACGAAACCGACCCGGUACCUAAUGGGCAAGUUGUCCAUUUCUCUUGUGAAUAUGGUUACAAUGUACAAGGCCCAACGAAUCUUCGUUGUUGGCUUGGAGAAUGGGCGGUUACGAGUAUGCCAGAAUGCGUUGCAGCGCCAUGUGAACUGCCUCUCCUGCAUGGUGCCACGUACGAGGCUGGAUACCGAGCCGGUCUUACUGUCGCUCACGCAUCCUCUGUCAACAUAGCGUGUGAAGCCGGCAGAGCACCGUCGGCAACGCUAAACUGCCAUUUAGGCCGAUUGCAACCAACUGUGCAUGAUUUCUGCAGACCUUUAGCUAACUUAUCAAGACCCCGUCCAACAUCUGAAUUCCAAAGUGGCUCUGACAUCGUUCGUGAAGAUAUAUCUGAGUUAGAACCAGAUAUAGAUGGAAGAACUGUCACAGAUUGCGGACCGCCUGCACGGGUACAAGGCACACUCAUUUAUCGUGAUGGAACUGAGGUGAACGGGACCCUCGGUUUAGAAGGGUAUCCUCACGGUACAGAGAUAACGUUUCGAUGCAUUGCAUCCAUAAUGGGUGAGAAGACCACAUGGAAACUGAUUUGUGAACAAGGGAACUGGGUUGGGAAGAGUUUUAAUUGUGAAGAAUUAGAAGCACAAAGUGAAGAACUAUUAAACAAUAAUAGUUGUACGUUCCGAAAUGAGGAGCCCCACGUUGUGUCAUUCUACAAUGAUCUGGAAAUCACUGAAACCGUAGACUUUCCAGCUGGUGCUAUCAUUAUUUCCAGAUGCAGUGACGUCGGAAAGUAUGCAAUGACAGGCUCUCAAGCACGUAGGUGUUUGGGUGGCGCUUGGGAUGGAGUGAAGCCCACGUGUUUUGGGCUCAACCAAGAAAAUGAUUAUGCCAUGGAAAAGCCUCCAACGAUCCUAUUCCGACACUCGCAAGGUCCCAUUGCGCAGACCAACGAUGGUAAAUUAUUGGUGUACCCAGGAACUGUGUUGCAUAUGGAGUGUCUUUGGAUGAGGAGGUUUGGAAACCCGAAGUGGAACGUCACGCAUCACUAUCCUGAUGUCGAUCGUAAGUACCCUGAGGGCUGGACUACAGAUCCAGGUAGAGACAGCCAGCUGGAGUAUCGGUUGAGUAUCAUGGGCGCCGUGAAAGAAGAUUCAGGAAUAUAUCGUUGUGAAACUCCAGCCCGACAAAGUCACCAGGUCGAGAUAAUUGUCGAAGAUGUACACUGCCCGCUGCCGCUGCGGCGCGGGCUGGUGGGCAGCGGGGUGGGCACGCGGCUGGGGACGGAGGUGCGGUUCUCGUGCGCCAACGGGAACGCCUUGCUGGGCGCGCACACGCUCGUGUGCCGCGCCUCGGGCAAUUGGAGCGCGCCGCUGCCCGUCUGUGAAAGUGUGGAGUGCGGGGAAGUGAUCCACGAUACUCCGCUAAAUGAAGGGGAACGAAGGCCACGCGUGGCGGUCGUGUCCCGAGGAGUUGGAGGCAGGGCGGCCUUCUCCUGUCCACCGGGCUGGGCGCUGAGCGGAGCCACCGAGACCGUCUGCCUGCCUGCUGCGGACUGGGCUCGGCCGUUCCCUGUCUGUAGAGAGGUGUCCUGCCCAGCGCUUCCGCCCCCAGCGUCAGGUUACGUGCUGGGAAGGGCGCCGUACAGGGCCGGGGACGUGCUGCAGUUCCACUGCAACCCUGAGCACACGCUUCACGGUCGGCCAAUCCUCGUAUGCCAGGACAGUGGACGAUGGAGCGACAAGCCUCCCACUUGCGCUCAAGCUUGCACAUAUCCGGGUACGACUAUAUCCGGACGCAUGUCUUCAGUGAAAUUCUACUACAAGAUUGGCGAAUCCGUGACUUUUACUUGUGAGCCCGGGUAUAGGUUGAAGGGAGCGCCCAUGCUAAGAUGUUUGAAAAAUAGAAAAUGGUCCAAUGCGAUCCCUCUAUGCACGCCAAUCAACAACUACACCUCGUCAGAUUCUGUCGCGAUGCUGACAGGCGACGUAGACGCCAUGUUGUCGGACGCCAUAUUGCCGACGGACAUUUUGAAGACGCACGAAACUCCCGCCAUUUUGUCACCGGAGAGUUAUAAGGCCGCGAUGACGCGGGUCGCGGCCGCCAAAUUUUUACGGAGAGCUCCAAUUGAAAAUUAUAAAAAUAGGAUCUCUAGAGUGAAUAGGUUGUUACGAAGGGACACUGAGAGGUAAUUUUUAUGAAGAAAGGAAUUGAUUUUGUGUAGUAAUAUUAGAUAUGGUUCAAGUGGCAUAAUGUUUUACGUAAUAUGAAAAUAUAUGUGUCAUAUUCGACGAUCUUUGUAAUUCAAAUAAAAUACAUAGAUAAUAUAAAUAUUGUGAAGUAACUAAUUCAGUUACGUGAUAAUAUAAACGAAAAUAUAUAGGUAUUUCAUCCCAUCCAUCUCUGAUAUAUAUUCUGUAUUAAACAUUUGAUAAUAAUAACUCUUACCUAUAACGUAGUUUCGAAAUGUACAUACAGAAAGAAACUUUAAUCAUUAACAUCUUUUUAAAGUAAUGUUCCACCAGUGAAACUAUCAAUUCUUAGUUUUUUUGGAACCUUCAUUUUAUCGGCCGGUAAGCUUAAUAUUUUUUUAUUAUUUUUAACCAGUAUUAUUUUGGGAAAAUUUAUUAAUAUCGUUGUAGAACACUCCCUUAAAAAAAAUACUAACGACUACGUUUCCACCUAAUAAUUGUUGAUAGAACGAUAACCUCAAAUCAAUCUACAAAUUAAUGUAUUUUAAUUUUGUUAUCAGUUAUAAAAUGAAUUCACAUUUGAAGUUCCAAAUUGGCUUAAUGAGCAUAAUCAAUAGGUAAUGUUGUCUUACAUUAACAACCAAUUAAAUGCUCGAAUACUGUUAAAAGUACCAUUAGAUAUUCCUCUUAGAUAACUAAGAGUAUUAAUCUACAAAACAGGUCACAGAUUAAAUAAAAUAAAAGUGUUCGUGUGCCCUAAAUUAUGGGGUCAUAUUUCUUAAUCUACGAUCACGGCGGUCAUUCUCGGCGCCUCUAAUCGUAAUUUAACUUGUCGUUAAUUAUUUUAAACUUUAAAUAUAUCAAUCACACUUGCGUUGUAUCGCCGGAAAUUUAUUAUCACUCUGGUAGCUUAAAAUAUUUGAAAUUGAUGCUUCAUCUGUAGAUACAACUCUUUUUAAGAGGCUAAGUUACUUAGACAAUACAUAGAAAGAGAAUGCAAAAGGCAAACUUUUAAGAAGCUAGAUACAUACUAAAAGGUCAAGAUAUUUCCCCCUUUUUACUAUGUACAUAUUAUUAUUUUACUUAUCUCAUAAAUCCCACGUGAUUACGUUAUCGGAAAUUGGUAGACAUAAUAUUUGACUUCUCUUAUACAGCCUCUAUCCUCCUUUUCGCCUUUUACUCACAGUAAAAUUACCGUAGAUAGGUACUGUUCUUAAUCUAUGAAUUUAACACUCGUAUGAACAUGGGUUAAUUAAUACAAUUUUGUUUCAUUAUUCAUAAGUGAGGCAAAGAAAAGUUAUUAUAACAUUUAUAAAACUAAAGUUACCAAAUAGAUCUCCAAAUUAAUUCUUAUAAUUUUUAAAUUUAUUUAAAUUUAAGCAAUUGCAAUUUUGUUUCAUUAUUAAUAAGUGAGGCAAAGGAAAUUAUUUAGUCAUUUAUAAAACUAAAGUUACCAAACAGAUCUCCAAGUUAAUUCUUAUAAUUGGUAAAUUUAUUUAAGUGUAAGCAAGGAUUUGAAAAACAGAGAAUUAGAGUAGAAUUAAAGUAUUAGACUGCUGCCAAAAACACAUUUUGUUUUAGUGUGUACUAUAAAUACACUCAUAAGAAUUAUAUUGCAAAAUUAUGUUUAAGUAAUUUCAAUGAAGUUACUGUCCCUCUAAUACCAUAUUACAAAUACGAAGUUCUAUUUAACUUAUAAUUACGUUGUAUUAUUGAGAUUUGACCGGAAAAAAGUAAAAACAAAUGAAAAAGGAAAAAUCCAAAAUCAACACUGGCAAGAAAUGUCCUACAAUAGAGUCCAUGACAUAGAAUUAAAAAAAAAAUAAGAACUCAACUUUUCAAUUUUAAUUGUUAACGUUUAUAGUUUAAAUUUUAUUUCGACGCAACAUUAAAAUGUAAAAACAAGUAUCUCACUGAUGUUUGCGACUCUAAAAAGACGUAAUUUUCUAGUAAUUUAAAGUCAUAAAACUACUGAAAAAUGACGUCUUAAAAACGUUCCCGUUCUACCUGUGUCUCUAAAUAGAACUACGCAUUUAAGAUAAAAAAAAAUUAUGAAAAGUCUAUGCAAUUAUAUCCGUAAUAAACAAUACUUAUAAAUAAUUUUUUUCCACUAGAUAUUUGAGAAUUUGAAAAAACUUUACUACUGUAACUACCUUACUUAUUACUUUACUUUUAAUUUUAUUAUAAAAAAAAAUAUCAAAUAACCUACGUAUUGUGAAGUAAUAUUAUUUUGAAGACUGUUUUAAAUAAUAUUAAUAUUAUAAUUAAUCAAUUGUCUAUUUUUUUUUAAUAGAUAAAAAAAAAUAUAUUGUAAAUAUACGCUUUGCCAAAGUUUAGAGUACAUACUUCUAUAAAUAAUAGUUAAUAGUUGUUACUGUAGGGUUAUUUGGUGGGAUUCGUUCGGUGGGAUUUAGGUGUCCAUGACAUAAUAUAUUUUGUUGUACGUUUGUCACAAACUUACACCUAAAUAUAAACAGGGUCGGCAACGCGCAUGUAACACCACUAGUGUUGCAGGCGUCCAUAGACUACAGUGACCGUUUACGAUUAGACGGGCUGUAUGCUUGUAUACUUGUAAAAAGUAUUCUAAAAAUGUAAUGCUAUUUGCCAGUGUGGAAAAUAAUUUAAUGAACAAUAAUUUAAUUCAAUUUUAAACGUUAACAAAAUGUUCAUAAAGAUUAAAAUCGAGUGUAGAUAUGUAAUUAUAAUAAUUUUAUUUUUUUUACUUUAAGGUAUUUAAUCUAUAUAUGCCUUUACAUUUAAGACAUAAAACUGUUUGAAAAAUAUAAAAUUAAAUGAAACAAUAAUAUUAUUAUAUAUUUAGUAUUAUUAAACAAAAACAAUAUUUAAUGAUUAUAUUAAGUAAUCGUCGAUCAUUACUUUACUGGACUUUACGUAACGCAUCGCAAACUUAUCGGUUCAAUAUAACAUACAAUUAAGCGAAAGUGGGUUAAUUCUGGGGCACUGCUCGUAUUUCCUAAACCUAUCUCCAAAUUUACAAUUUCUAUUUAAUACUUCAGUAAAACUAUUAUGGUGUCCAUCGAUAUAUUAAGCAGUUAUGAUACCAAUCUGCUAAUAUUUUAAAUUUUUCUGUUGUUUAGAAUCACUUUGCUGUAAUAUCAAAUUGAAAUUCGAAUUUUAAAAAUAGAAAAUGUUGCUUCAGAAUCGACUUGGCAGUAUCAACUAUGUUUGUUAGAUAGACUUAAAUAAAAAAAAAAAAUCUAUUUAAUACAGUUCUUUGAGAGAGAAGACUAUCAAAAUAUAACUGUGGGGUUUCCAUUAUCAUUGGUUGGGGGGUAUCGUGGGCGAAACAGUAUACUCUGUUAUGUCCAUGGUACUGCUCACGUCUAUAGGCGACGGUUACCACUUUCCAUCGAAUGGACCGUCAGCUUGUUUAACAUUCUAAGUUGUAUAAAAAAAAAGUUUAUUAUUUUUUUCGUUUUACAUAUUCAUUAUCUAGAAUUUAUUAAAUAAAAAAAUUGCAUAAAAAACAACAAAAAAACCAUCAGCUAUGACUUAUGACUAUGGCAAAAGGGACAACAAAAUAUAUUGUAAUGGGCGUCUUACAGUGCUCAUUGACGAAUCUAAAAUUGGAAGUCCAACCACGAAGAAUUCAAAAUGGCGUCAUUAGUGCUGUUCAUAAUAUUUAAAACCAUAUCAUAGACUGUAAGACGGCAAAGCGUAUUCGUAAAAUCUGCAACUACUAGAAUGAUGCGGCAAAUAUUUUAGCUUAGAAUCUUUAAAAGAAAAAAACAAUUUUAGAGCGAAAUUUUAGAGAAUACUUGGUAAUACAUCUCGUUAAUAUUUACUGUAUUUGUUAUUUUUCUUUUCACUUGGUGCAAUAAAGUGUAAAAUAAAUAAAUAAAUACCUGUAUUUAGUAUUACAUUUGACAUAUACGAGUCUUUAUUAUAUUAUAUAGAGAGAGAGUUUCCAUACAAAUGCUUCGAGAAAAACGGCUAAACUAUUUCAUACAAUUUUGAAUAAUAGAUAGCUGAUGAGUGAUCACUUUAUAACUUCUAUAUUUAUUUUGUUUUAUAAUUUUUACAUAUUUUUGAUGCGUAAAAACUUAUGUUAUUUAUUAAGUAAUUAAAUAUAGACACAUCGAGAUACAUUAUGUGCGUAAGUACAUAGAAUAAUAAUAUAAAAACAAGUCAGCUAAUUUGACAAUUAGCUGACAAAAAGUUGACCCGUUUUUGAGGCUCGAUGCUCUAUCUAUAUAUGAUUCAUUCAUUUAUUUCCUUAGUUUUAUAAUAAACAGUACGAUUUACAUAUAUUAUCUAAUGUACGAUAUUAUCUAAUGUACCUACAUUAUUCUUUGAAAUUUGAAGUACAUAGUUUUAUAGUUUUUCUCGGACAUUUGUUUAUGUAUUGAAAUGAAUUUUAUUUGCAUUAAAUAACUUUAAAAUUAUUAACAAAGGCCAUGUAGUGUUAAAUUUGGCACCUGUUUAAUUGCCUUAAACGAUGUAGGCAUGCAAAUAUUUAUAUUUUAUAAAAAUGGUUGCAUGAACAUUUAUACAUUUUUACACAACGUGAUCUUUUGCCAUUUUUCUAAUAUUAAUUUUCAAUUUCAUUCAAGAUUAGGCAAGCUUUAUUAUGAGUUUGUAGAUUUUAACUGAAAACGUUAAAAUGAUGUUUGUAUUAUUUAUUAUUUUGCCAAACAGAGUCUAUAAUCAGAACUGUUUCAAUAUUUGACAAUAACAUUAUGGAAUGCAAUAAGAAAUAGAUAUUUUCUUAAUAUUUCUUUUUCUGUGAUAAUCAUUUGAAAAAUACUCAGUCUUCUGAUUUCGAAUACGUCAGUCUUAAAAAUUUAAAGCAAACUUAUGGGUAGUAAUAAUUUGUAUAUUUAAUUUUUUAGUUUAAAAAUCUCUUUAAAAAAAGAGCUUCCUGUAGAGGUUUUCCCAAGAGACUACAACACGAGGUUCUUCAAAAGGGGGGUAAAGAGGUCUCUUCAGGGUUAGCAACGCGCGCGUAAUUCCUCUGGUAUUGCAGGCGUUCAUAGGCUACGGUAACCGCUUACCAUCAGGUGGGCCGUAUGCUUGUUUGCCACCUCAGUGGUAUAAAAAAAAUCUAUGUAAUAAAGGUUAUUUGAUUAAAAUCAUUUUAUAUGGACUUUAACAAGAUAAAUAUCUAGUAAUAUUUAAUAAAGUUCUUUGUCUAAUUUCCUUAAUGGUUUUCGUUUCUGAUUUAAAAAAAAAACACUGCAGUCAUAAAAUAUUUUGCCGCGUCAUUCUUUGUGGUUUUAUGGCAAGAUGGCGUCGAUUGUCUGUCACAAAUAACAAGGAAUUACGUAGGAGUGAGAAAAUUGUCAAUUCAUAGCAGGCUAGUGUAUAGACAAUGUUAUACGACCGCAUAACCCUACCAAAUUCAGAUACAAUCUGCUUGCAUACUUUCUACAUAAACUGUGUCGAAUAUAUAAUCUAGUAAUGUAAAAUUUGUUAUUAACAAAUAAUUGACAUAUCAAACGUUUUCUAUACACUAGCCUGCUAUGAAUUGAGAUAAAUAGCAACUGUUGGUGUAUAUUUCGUCCUCUUUUUACUAAUUAUAUUUGCCUAAGAAGAAAGGAGGAAACCAUAUGAUUUACAAUUUUAAUUUUGUCAUUCCUUCUAUGUAAUUCCUUGUUCUUAGGUCUGUCAUAACUGUCCACGUUUUAAAUAAGUUAACUAAUAGAUAAACUAAUUAUAGUUGUAAUUUAAAAGUACUUAAGUACGUUAGAUAUGUAUGUAUGUACCACGCACAAACGUUUGGAAAACUUUUGCCUCUGAAAUUUGACAAAGAUCAGGUGAAUAAAAAUAUUUUAUCAACAGGUAUCAUAAAGUUUUCUUAAUAAUAAAAAAAUAUAUUUAAAUUGAAUUAUGGGUUGAUUCGUUAGGAUUUUUUUUUAAUUUUUGUAUCUGAAAUUCAUAGAUAAAAUGUAAUAUAUUUUAUAUUGUGAUUAAAAAAUAUAACUUACUUUUAAUUAUUGUUUAUGGUACUAAUCAUAAAACUCUAUAUAUAUAUAUAUAUAUAAUUAAUACGAACAAAUAUUGCCUGAUCUUUGAUGUAAAUUUUCGCUCAAAAAUUCACAUAUCUUAAAUUAAAAAUAAUAUAUUUAAAAGUUAUAAACUCAGCAUGUUUUAAUUAUGUAUACGUUGAAUAAAAUUCAUAAUUACAAUGUAAUAAUCCUAUUUAAUUGCCAAACUAAACAUGAAUUAAAUUCAAA